UCUCUGUGUCGCUAGAGUUCUGCACUCGGUGCCCAAAAGAGCAAGACAGCGUGUGAACCACCAUCCUUUACCACUCCUGUCACAUAACUAAAGCGCUCGGACCUGAUGCAGUAUGGACAGUAACCGGCUUGUUUCGCACGGACUGGCACUGAGAUUCACUUUAAAUGCCAUAAGAGACUUUUUUUAAUUUAUAUAUUUUUAUUGCAUUUUAUUUUUGGACCAGAAAUUGGCAGUUGUGCGUUAGAUUUAAAGGUCGGCGCACUCAGAUGGCGGGGUCACAGCCGGGAGUUCACGCGCUCAAGCUCAAACCCGUGGCCGUGCCGGAGAGUCUGAGAAGUGGAAACAAAUUCAUGAAAUGGGAGGAUGACUCCACCAUUGUGACUCCUGUGACAUUACGGGUUGACCCCAAAGGCUACUUCUUGUACUGGACUGAUCAGAAUAAGGAGACAGACCUUUUGGACAUUGCUAAUAUCAAGGAUGCUAGAACUGGGAGAUAUUCCAGGAUACCGAAGGAUGUUAAAGUGCGGGAGCAGCUGGGUGUGUCCGGAGUGGUGGGAAAGAUUGAGAACAGAAUUCUGACAGUGGUGACUGGUACAGAUAUGGUGAACGUCACAUUCCUGAACUUUAUGGCCUUCCAAGAUGAAGUGGCUAAGGAGUGGUCAGAGGAACUCUUCAGCUUGGCUUCCAACCUCCUGAUCCAAAACAUGUCCCGGGAGUCCUGUCUAGAAAAAGUGUAUACUAGACUAGCACUACAGCUCACUCCUGAGGGAUUUAUUCCUGUGAAGAACAUCUUCCGUGUGUUUUCGGCAGACAGGAAGAGGGUUGAGAAUGGACUGGAGAUCUGCGGCCUUCCCUCAGGGAGAAAUGACUUAAUUCCCCAGGAACAGUUCACUCCAGAUAUAUUCAGAGUGUUCCUCAAUAACAUUUGUCCCCGGAAGGACAUCGAUACCAUCUUCUCUGAAAUUGGUGCUAAGAGCAGGCCAUACCUCACAGUAGAUCAGAUGACCGACUUCAUCAACAACAAGCAGCGGGACCCUCGACUCAACGAGAUCCUGUACCCUCCACUGAAGCCCGAGCAAGUGCAGGCGUUGGUGGAGAAAUUUGAACCUGACAUCAUGCUCUAUCAAAGAGGGCAGAUCUCCGUUGAGGGUUUUGCAAGGUAUCUGAAUGGAGAAGAGAACAGCAUCAUCCCUCCAGAGAAACUGGACCAAAGUGAGGACAUGACACUUCCUUUGUCCCACUACUUCACCAACUCCUCCCACAACACGUACCUCACAGCGGGACAGCUGGCAGGAAACUCCUCGGUGGAGAUGUACAGGCAGGUGCUGCUGUCAGGCUGCCGCUGUGUGGAGCUGGACUGCUGGAAGGGACGCACAGCCGAAGAGGAGCCCAUUAUCACCCAUGGCUUCACCAUGACCACUGAGAUCUCCUUUAAGGAAGUGAUUGAGGCCAUUGCUGAGAGUGCUUUCAAGACAUCUCCUUUUCCUGUCAUCCUCUCAUUUGAGAACCAUGUGGACUCCCCCAAGCAGCAAGCUAAGAUGGCUGAGUACUGCAGAUCAAUAUUUGGAGAUGCUCUGCUUACAGAGCCACUGGAGAAAUAUGCACUGGAACCAGGAUGCCCUCUGCCCAGUCCCAUAGAUCUCUUGGGUAAAAUUCUCAUCAAGAACAAGAAAAAUUCCCACAAGGAUGAGGGCAGCACAAAGAAGAAGCUCUGUGAGCAGACCUCUAAUACCUACAGCGAUACAUCCAGUGUGUGUGAGCAGUCUUCUCCAAGUGCAGGCUCCACAAAUCAUGACGUGCCAGACUCCAGUCAGCCGAACUCAGAGACAGGCAGUGACAGCAGGCUACAGGGGAGAAAAUAUAUUGGUGACGUUGAUGCAGAAAGUGAGGAUGAGGAUGAAGAAGACGAUGACUGUAAAAAGUCCAUGGAUGAGGGGACAGCAGGAAGUGAAGCAUUUGCAACUGAGGAGAUGUCCAACUUAGUCAACUAUAUCCAGCCAGUCAAAUUCACCUCAUUUGAAGCAUCUAAAAAGUCCAAUAAAAGUUAUCACAUGUCAUCAUUUGUGGAGACAAAGGCACUUGAGCAGCUGACAAAGUCUCCAGUGGAGUUUGUGGAGUAUAACAAGCUCCAGCUUAGCCGAAUCUACCCCAAAGGCACUCGGGUUGAUUCCUCCAACUACAUGCCCCAAGUUUUCUGGAACGCUGGAUGUCAGCUUGUGGCACUGAACUUCCAGACGUUAGAUCUAGCCAUGCAACUGAACCUGGGCAUGUUUGAGUACAAUGGAAAAUGUGGCUACAGGCUGAAGCCUGAGUUUAUGAGGAGACCUGAUAAGAACUUUGACCCCUUCACUGAGAGCACGGUGGAUGGGAUUGUAGCGCACACACUUUCAGUGAAGAUCAUUUCAGGACAGUUUCUGUCGGAUAAAAAGGUUGGCACCUAUGUGGAAGUGGAAAUGUUUGGCCUCCCAGUGGACACAAGAAGGAAAGCAUUUCGGACAAAGACAUCCCCAGGCAAUUCUGUUAACCCUGUGUGGGAUGAGGAGCCCAUAGUCUUUAAGAAGGUGGUUCUUCCCACUCUUGCAUCUUUGAGAAUAGCUGUCUAUGAGGACAGUGGGAGGAUUAUUGGUCAUCGGAUCAUCCCGGUGAACGCCAUCCGGCCUGGAUACCAUUACAUUGGGCUGAGGAAUGAGAAGAACCAGACACUAACUCUUCCUGCUGUUUUUGUCUACACUGAAGUCAAAGAUUAUGUUCCUGAUACCUUUGCAGAUGUGAUUGAGGCACUGUCCAAUCCCAUCCGCUAUAUCAACCUGAUGGAACAGAGAGCCAAUCAGCUUGCAGCUCUCACUCUGGAAGAGGGAGGGCAAGACGUGAACAUCAAAGAGAUCGAUGCAUGUGGGGAGCUUGUAUCAGAGUCGGUCAACGAGGCCCAACGCCCUCCAGCAGAGAAUGGAACGAGCCCUACUCCUCUCAUCUCACCAAAACCACCUUCACUGGUCAGCCAUCAUGCCCACUCCACAGGAUCUGUGAAACCAGCUGUUAAGACUGGAGAUGUGAUUCAGAGUGUUUUGACAGAGAUGGAAGGUCAGACACUGGAGGAAUUGAAGCAGCAGAAGGCUUUCGUGAGGGAGCAGAAGAAACAGUAUAAAGAGCUAAAGGAUCUGGUAAAGAAGCACCAUAAGAAAACCACAGACAUGAUCAAAGAGCACACAGCCAAACAAAGUGAGCUGCAGGGCGAAUUCCAGCGCAGGCAGUCUGCCCUGCAUAAGAGCGCCAAACGAGAUGGUAAGAAAAGAUCAGGUUCAGAGCAAGCUCUGUCUGCUGUGGAUCAGGAGCUGGCCGCUCUGGAGGAGGAGAACACACAGAGACUGAGCGAGCUGAAGGAUCAACAGCAGCAUCAGCUGCUCACUCUCAGACAAGACCAGUACUACAGUGAACAGUACCUCAAAGGCAAACACAUCAAACAGCUGGUGGAGAAGCUGACCACUGUAGCUGAGGAAUGUCAGAGUAACCAGCUGAAGAAACUUAAGGAGCUGUGUGAGAAAGAAAAGAAAGAAUUGAAAAAGAGGAUGGAUAAGAAGAGACAGGAGAAGAUACAAGAAGCAAAAUCAAAAGAGAAGAAUCUAACAGAGGAAGAGAAGUUGGAAAUCAACAGGUCACAUGUAAACGAGGUUGUACAGUAUAUCAAAAGGCUGGAAGAUGCGCAGGGCAAACGGCAUGAGAAGCUGAUCGAGGCACACAAACUCAUUCGGCAGCAAAUCCUGGAGGAGAAGCCGAAGCUUCAAAGUGAGCUGGACCAGGAAUACCAGGACAAGUUCAGACGACUCCCGGUGGAGAUCCAAGAGUUUGUACAGGAAAGUGCUAAAUGCAGACUAAGUAAUGAAUGGGAACCGAGCUGCCUUAGCACCUCAUCCACCAUCGAGAACCUGAACCACAAAGCAGGCCUGUCAGAAGAGGAUGCAGACGAGGACUCUACAGAGAAGGUGUUUGACACUUCUCUCUGAACUACACACUGGGUUCCACAUCAGCAUAUGUAAAGAAUUUGUAACAUCUGCAUUCCUGAUGUUGGCUCUUUUUCGUGUCUGAUCAUUUGCAUCAAUUUUUGGGAUUCUGUGACUUUGUUACUAAAGUUCUCUUUGCCAUUCAUUCUUUACACAGAUAGAGCUUUAUAUUACUAAGGUAAGAUGUGUUUGACGGAAUAAUGAGAUAACGUACUUGAACAACAGCAUGAACACUUCUGCUUUCUUAAUGACGUUAGGGUUUUAAUUUGUACGUCUGUUACUGUAAAUUGAUAGAUUUGAUUAUGCUGCUGUUUGGGUUUAGUUAAUCACCAGAAAGAAGAAACUAUGAAUAUCAUUUCAGAAUAAGGCUGUUUUAAUAGCUUCAAUCUGCUGAUCUCAGCCCCAUAUUCAGCACAGCACUACUAUAUCUGAUACUGUUUAUUUUGAAUUAGUAUAAAUUACCACAAGCCUGUUUUUUUUGUGUUUUGUUUUUUUAAAAAAAAAAGGUUUCAUAUUUUAUUGUUUUAUUUUUUUCUUUUCACUUUUUAUACCUAUCAAUAGAACCACAACUACUACAUAUUAAUGUAACCUGAGGAUUGUGGGAUCAGUUGCAUGUCUUUGUACACUUGUAAAUGUUACUGAUGUAGCACAGAAAUUGAAAAAAAAAUGCAUACACUUAAAUGUAAAUAUUAUGCCAUUCAGCUACAGUAAAAAAGAAUGAAAGUGCUACGAAAGCGUUAGGUUCACGCUGUUAAAAAUGUAAGAAGAAUAUUUGCACCUUGGCCUUAGAGAUAGAAUGCACUGAACCUGUUUAUGUUGUGUUUCAUUUCAUGAUUUCUACAAUAGCAAUGUAGAUAUGCUGUAGAAAUGAUGCUGUUGUGUCUGCAUCAUAUAAGUGUAUACUUUUCAUUCGUCCUCUAUUGUCUAAUUCAUUUUUAAUUACAUGUCCAGGUCUUUGGUUUAGCUGUCAUUGUGUGACCAUGUGAGCAUAAGGUUAACAAAUAUAAAGAAAGCUAUAGCAAAAAUACAAAUGUUCAGAAAGCACAAUGGUCAGUGUUAAUCAGGAGCAAGAUGUGUUGAUCUUAUAUUAUAGUGCUAUGAGAUACUCACAACAGGUUACCUUCACAAGCAUGGACAAAAAAUCUAUCACAUUUUGGGUAAAAUAUAAUAUCCAUGUGUGGGUCACUAGGUGUCUUAAUAUGUCUUACAAGCACAUUUAUGUACACAACAUUUGUUAAAUAUUACAUGGCACUGAAUGUUAUUAUUACUUACAUUGUAAUCUGGUCUAUAAUCACUGUUUUAAUGUAAUAACAAUUAACAUGUACAUGCUGUGAAAGACAAAAAUAACCUUAUAUGACAACCACAGAAUGAUUUCCAGUACCAUACACAAUGCACAAUUCUAAGUAUAGGGUGAUUACUGACAGUUAUUUAAAUAAUAUUUGAAAUUUUGUAAUAUUAAAACAUUCAUACUUAAAAAAUGGGUUUAGAACUAAAAAUCCUCAUGGAAUAUUGAUCGGCGUAAUAUUUGACCUGAACACCUUCUUUGAAAGUAACUUUCAAAAGUAUCAACAUAACUGUGUAUCUGCAUUAAAGCAAGAAUAGUGUGCGCUAUUUAAACUGAAAACAUAACAUGAAAUACAAUUAUUAUUAGAAAACACAAUGUAAUCAAAUCAAACAGAUUUUAUGAGAAAUGCACACAAAUUGCAGAUUCAUCUGGUUGGAUUUUGUUUAAAAGGCACAAACGCAAAGCUUUUCCUUGACCCCACAAUUAACCCUCCUAUCUUGUUAUAUGGCUUUACACAUGAGUCUCACACACAGUGUAAAUAGAACUGAGGGCAAAUAUGUACUGAUGUAAACAUACUUAAAAUUGUCAUGUCUUUUUUUCAACUGUAAGGAUUAUUUGACAAAAGUCUUAUCAUCAUUAUCACUGUUGGAUUUAUUCAGUUUCUUGAUGGGUAGAGAAAAACCACAAAAAAGACUGAACAUGUGUAUCAGUGCUUGGAUUCCCAGACCAUUUCAGACACUCUGUAGUGCAUGAAUACUAAUCACUAUAUUGUCCCAGUCUGUUUGCUUAGACUACUGUACAGUACAGUGUUAGCCUGUUGUGACACAAACUUAAAUUUUUUAAAGUUUGAAACACUUAAUAGACUUGAAACAACUUAAUGAGUGUACAGUAAUAGAUUUCUUGUUUACUUUUGAGGGAUUAUUGCUAUGAUGUAAGUCCUGUGCCUUUCUAUAUGAUUGCUUGUUGAAUGUGUGAAAAGCAUCGUGUAAAGUCAUUAUAAGGACUAUGUCUUGUGUAGGUCUAUACUGUAUGUCAACUGCUAAACAGAUUAUGUGCACAUUUAGUACCAUAACACUACUGAGUAAUGUUUGUGACUAGCAGUAUUUGAGAGGAAUGGUCUAUAAAUUAUGUGGUGUUUUUGUUUUUCUCUAUGCUACCUGUUUCUUGUCUUAGACAUAAAGGUACUGGAUAUAUCGUAUGCAUUCGGAAAAUGUGAGUAGAAAAAACAUGUUAAAAAGGAAAAUUUUGAGUAGAGUUGAAAUGCUUGUAAAUAAAAUAAAUGUUGAUUCUAUAUGUAAACUUA